ACACCAUGGCAUGACAAUAUCCUUUCAAAUAAUAGGCCUUCAAAAAUGUCCUGGAGUACAUAUAGGAACAUGACACAAUGUGUACAUUUUUAGCAGUAUAGUGUGUUGGUAUGAAAGAAAUGCAAUGAUAUUCAACACUGGAUGGAUCUGAGCUUGAUUGACUUGAGUAGAUGUCCAGAAGACGGACAUCCCCACCUCUUUGUAAUUCACAAAACGCAAGUCGCUGAUUUGAUUGGCUGUCCCGUGUGCCACAGGCAGAGGCUUACUAAGAGAGGUGUUCAUUGAUUGGUUCGUUCUGUCUUUGUAUGCCAGGCAGCUGAGCACCCUGUCCGUUUGAAUGUGCAAGGAUUGGAAGGGACCAUUUCCAUGGACCAUCUGUCUCACAGGCUAGCGAUACAACAAAGGACCCAGGAUGGUGUUAGUACAUGUCGGAUAUUUGGUUCUUCCCGUAUUUGGCUCUGUAAGAAAUAGAGUAUCGAGGCUGGCGCUACAUUCCGCAUUUCUCAGACCUUUGUCCCCUUCCAUUGUGUAGCUAACGAUCAUCUGCUGCUGUCUGCCGUAGCCUCUGCCUGUUCUCUGCAUCUAGCUGUAUUGUGAACCCCUUCUUCCUCAUUUCCUCUUUCCAUCUGAAGACGACAUUGGCAUUAAAACCCGAGUUCUCCCACUCAUACCGUAUCCUUCUGUGUAACAGACUAAAGAAUAACACCUUCUCUAGAAAACAGUUUGUCUUUAUUUAAACUGUCAUGUUGCUCUUUAGUAAAUAACCCAUUGUAGCCUUAGACCUAUUACUACAAAAUGUCAUUGUGAUUCUCCCAUUCAGUGUGGAUAGACUACAUUCUGCUGUAAAUCUCUGUAAAGUGGAUACAUUUUGACCCCUUGGCCCCUCGAUUAGAUUAUAGCCAGGCUUGAUCGAACUUGUGGAUAGCUGUCUCCAGUCAUCCCUCUUGAAUCUAAGGUGCAUUGUACCACCUUGCAUUUGUCAGUUGGACCUGAUAGCCUGUUUGAAACAAAUCACAUUCAUUCCCCCUUCCAAAUGCUAUCAUCCUAAUCACAAUUAACCAAUUGGACAACUGGCUGCAAUAAAUCUGCAUUCUAAUUUGCAUGCCUUUUCCCCAAAUGAUCCUAAAUUGCCACCUUUGAUGGUCCAUGCACCUGUUCUAGUGGCUAAACGGCCAGCCAUAAUCCUAUACGUGUGUACGAGCCUUUGUCUCUUCUAAUUGAAUGAACCCAUUUAGUUCGUCACAGCGGAUCGGCGAGACUUAACUUGACUUGCUUUUUAAUAUUCCCUUUGUGAUCCACACUCAUGCUAAACUCCCCAGUCUCAACACCUCCACAGAAUGCUAUCCAUUUUACAGGGAUGUGUAUAUCCUGCACUGCUGUAGAACUCCUUUUAGAAUCAAAAUGUCUUUAUUCUUUGGUUGUGGUUUCUCUACCUUGUAUUAGAACCUAAUGCAUGAUCAUUUUUUAUUACUUUUAUGUUUUCACAUUGAACAGCAGAUUCCAAUGUAAUCUUGGUGUAGAGAUGUCCCUGCUGUACUGAAAUGUGCUGUAGCAUACACAUCUACUCAUUGGAUGCUGCUUCUGUUCUGUUAACCCUACAGAGCAUGGUCGGGCCUUGCCUUUAGUCUUUAUUUGCAUGUAGUUAUAUUAUUAUUAUUACUAUUAUCACACAGUGCCACACAUACUAAUAUUUUCCAAUAAAGACUUGUAGUAUUUUUCCUAACCUUCAGUGUGCUUUUUGCUGAUUUCCAUGUGUGUGUGUCCCCACCACCGUGCCAUCACCAAGGCAGUCCCCCCUCUCUCUCUCUCUCUCUCUCUGUGCUCUCAUCUCUCUCUUGUGGAGGCACUUCAAGGUGCUGAUCUCUCCCUACUCCCAAUCAUAGGAUUAGGGACAGUCAAAUCACUUGAUCCUACUGGGAAAAUACAUUUUGACUGAGACAUGGGAGGCAGGGAUUAAUGUUGGAACCAUAGUCACCCCCCCUCCAAUCAAUACACAUUCCAUCUGUAUUUGACUCUUGUCAGCUGUAACACAUUGGUUGUUUACUGUAGUAGUAAUAGUGAGCUAAAUCUGUUUCUUCCUUUCAUCCUUUUUUGCCAGUCUCGGUUUGUUUUUUAAAGAUCGUUGUAAUCUGGUUACAAAAGUGUUAUUCCGUAUAUGCACCAUAUGUCGCACGCAACUGAUGAAUUUGGCGUUUAAUCUUUUGCAAAAUAAUGAAUCUUGAAUUGGUGUCUUUCAGAAACUGACCAGGACGGGAGAUUUUGAGUUUUGUUUUGAGGCUGAAUACACACCUUGAAGUUCCUCUACAUGACACACAACAUAAAACACUGAUUUAAAUGCUAUGGAGGUUAUGCCGGUUCUGUUSACUUUGGUGUUCUUGAAAAUAGUUUUGACACAAGUGGCACCAGCCAUUCAAUAGCUGUACAGACUGAGUUGGUCAACAUAAGGCAUUUCAAUUGUUAUAUUUGCUAUAUAAACUAGCAAAUGGAUAGACUUGCCUGUAUCUCAAAACUAUGCAAGUGAAACUUUUACUUUGACAACCCUACAGCGCAAGGAACAAGUGAAGUCUUUACCUUGACAUAUACACUUAGAUGCAUAAUUCUCUCUUGCUUCAAUAUGGAAUGGCACCUAGCUGUUCAGGAGCACACUUCACCAGGCAUCAGCACAGCCAUGCUACCUCCUGCCGACAUUUUAACCCGGCGGCCCCACAGGCUCCCAUCUCAGCAGAGUUCCCCCUGGGCCAUGCCAGCCAGCCCCCCCAGACUGGCCUGGCCCCUCACCUGUCCCCAGCCCCCCACCAACCUCCGGCCCUGCCGGCCCCCCCUCAGUUCCAGGACGUCCAGGGGCCUCCGUUUCUACCUCAGGRCUUACACCAGCAAUACCUCAUCCAGCAGCAGCUUCUAGAGGCGCAGCACCGCAGGAUCCUCCCACACUCCCGGCGAACGCAGGAGCGCGUUCCUCUGAACCCUCACAGGCUCCGCUCGGGGUAUGACUACUCCCCUCCCCUCCACGUCCCCCAGCCAAUCGGCCAGCAGCCGCGCUACCUGGCCGAGGGCACAGACUGGGACCUCAGUGUGGACGCUGGCCUCUCUCACCAUCAGUACCAGCUCCAGCAGCUUCCACAGCACUAUCAGCAUUACCUGGCGGCAUCCCCCAGAAUGCACCACUUUCCCAGGAACACGACUUCUGCUCAAGUGGUUGUGCACGAGAUCAGAAACUAUCCAUACCCCCAGCUACACCUGCUGGCUCUACAYAGCCUCAACCCCUCACGCCACGCUUCGGCUGUACGAGAGAGCUACGAGGAGCUGUUGCAGCUUGAAGACAGGCUGGGAAGUGUCAGUAGGGGAGCGGUUCAGACCACCAUAGAGAGAUUCACCUUCCCACACAAAUACAAGAAGAGGAAGCCUCUGGAUAUGAAGAUUGGUGAGAAAGACGAGGAGACUGACGUGGAUGAGAAAUGUACCAUCUGCCUGUCGAUGCUGGAGGACGCAGAGGAUGUCAGGCGGUUACCAUGCAUGCACCUCUUCCACCAGGGCUGUGUGGACCAGUGGCUGGCGACCAGCAGAAAGUGUCCAAUCUGCCGCGUGGACAUCGAGACGCAGCUCCAUCCUGACAGCUGAUGGCCCAGGGGGUGAAGCCUGACGGCCUGGCUGCUGUCAAUCACCCUGGUGUGUUUCCUGCUCCCAUCCACCCCGGCCCUGGUCCCUCCUCACACGGGUGCUUGCCAAAUGUCUCCAGACGUCAUGUGACAUCACCCUCUGACUCACGCUUUACUGAGCCAAUCCAGGAUUACUUACUGCACGAGAGAAUGGAGUCCCUCUCUCUCUCUUUCUCUCUCUCAAUAAAAGCACAUCCCCGGCAAAAAGACACACACACACACCACACACACACACACACACACACACAAACACACACAACAGGGUUUAGCUAGUUGCUUGCUGGAGGUGGGGUGUUGUUGCCGUGUGUUUGUUUGUAGGUAGGGGAGGCAGGUGUGUGUCCUGUUUCCUGUGUCUUUGUAGCAUGUUCUUAAAGCCAUGACAUUAAUGUACUGAGUGAUUAACACACUACCCCACUUGCCAGCCAGCCGGCCACACACACACACACACACACACACACACCUUGCUUAUUCUGCCACAACAGGAAUCUAAAUCAAUCACGUAAAAGUCCUGUCGCCAUGUUUGCCUACAGAUCAUUUGUGGUAGUACAGUAGCAGUAUCAGACACAGCAAUACAGUAGUUGUACAUUUGCUUGGGACUGAUGCUGUCAUCAGUGUCGGGACAUAAUACGACUAUUUCACCGCUGCCAUGUUGGCCUGUCCCAAUGCUUGGGUUGGCGUGUGUUUGAGUAAAUAACACAGGUGAGUGAGUGUUUCACCAAAUMAGUUAUGGUAUCGCUUGACCUGCCGCAGCACGGGUUAACGUGUGUGUUCCGCCCCAGUGUGUGGGUUUCAGUGUGUAUUUAACCAAUGCGUGAUCAUGCGUGACAAACUUAAAGUGCGGGUUCAAGUGUGUGUUAAAGGGGAAUAUAGAAGUUAUAGAAGUUAGAUUAACGGUGGUUUGAUUGGAGUGCUUGUAGAAUACAAAGCCAAAUAAGGACUUUAAAAAAAAAAUGCAAAAAAGAAAUGUAGUAAGACCCAAUCCCCCAUCAUGCACUGCAGUGACUGGGUGAGGUGUGGGGCAUUCUGGGUAUGCAGGAGGGUUAGCUGCCCUGGAAACAGCGACUCUGUGCCAUCCCCUCCUGGCGCAGGCGUUAUGGCUGAGCAGUGUAAUGAAAUGCAUGUUUCAAUGUUGGCUUGGGCUGUUGUGUUAGCGUACAAAAAAAAUUACAAGGGGAGGGGGUUGUCUGUGCAUGACUUAGUUAAUCUGAGCUGUGACUAUCUUUCUCAACACUAACAAAGAAAAAAGAACUGAGCACCACGUCAGCGGCUGUCCCUGACCUGUAGCGUGUGUUCAUCCUGCCCCUUUUUGGUGGCAAACAAAAUGGAAUCCUAUUGUGACGUUUACCUUAAUGCCUAAAGAACAAGCACACGUGAUGAUAGAUAUAGCAACAACCUCUUUCUUUGGUAUUGCAUUUGCGUUGGUUUCUGUAUAUUUCGGUAUAUAAACACGCAGUGUUUUGGACCGAGGGAGGAGCUUAGUUGUUGAACUUGUGUUUUUGUGUGACAGAUCUCCCCUCGUUGUUGCUAUGCUGGUUUCUAUGCUGUAUUGCUAGAACAACAAUGUAGAAUGUUGUGUGAUGGGGGCAGUAUCCACAGUGCACACGGACAGAGGGAGGGGGGGCAAAAUAAGGGUCAUAGAACACUUUUAUUGUGAAAAAAAAGAAGGAUUUAAAUGUUGAUAAUUUAUGUUUUCCUUUUGGUCUGUUGCCCUGUGACGUCUAAGUCAACGUGCAUAAACACUACAUAGCAGUGCCAAUCCUUAAAAACCUCUCUGUCAUAUGCAUUGUGGACUCAGUAUUGAAGCAUUAGGAACAAUGUAAUUGCCCUGUGGACUUAGUUGUGAAGGAUUGGGACAGACCCUUACUGUCCUGUGCACUGCCAGUGUUGAUACUGCCUCCUCCUUUUAGUGGAGUUUUCUAUGGGAUGUUUUGAUAGUUUACACAGGGUGUUGUCAGUUGAGAUGCCUUAAGUAUUUAACAAUCAUAAUUUAUUACUAACUGUAGAUAUCAUGGGUACAUAUUUAAUUUUAUAUAGUUUUUGUUUUGUUGCAAUUUAAAUCAAUUUAUUUAGAAACAACAACAAAAAAUGAUUUACCUCAUUUUUGCGUUGUUUUAAAUGGGAAUGCUCCGCAUGCAGUUGUAAUUUUCCUGAAGAAAUUAAACAAAAAAAGCCCUGCUGUUUGAUCUCUCCCCGAGCCGGCUGUGCUAUGUUUACUGUCCCGAGCUGUCUAGCCUGCUCUUCUCAUGUGGUGCUGUGGAUAUCUUGGUUACAUUCCAUUCAAUGCAAUUUUCCCUUAUCCCCUAUGCUGUGACGUAGUGGACAAACUGCAAUGAAGUGAAAUGGUUUUUAAUUUGAAUUGUUUUCCUUUUUCUCAUUUUGCACUCUUAGUUUUAACAUGGGAACCCUCUCACUGGCAUAACAGUUCACGAACAUAGAUGUAUUAUCAUCAUUAUUAUAUACUCUGUCAUUUCCAGCUCCCUGCGUCUCAUCCUUCCACCCUGUCUGUUUACAAAGCAUGUUCCUUCUCGUCUUUGUCAUGGGAUAUUUCUCCUUACCUCMUUUCCAGAAAAACAUGUCGUUUUGAGUCCAACAAGUGCCUCGCUUCUAGUGUCAAGAGAUAUUACCGUAUGAUUUAAACCACACUCACUCAUUUACCCAAYAUCCAUGUCCAAAUAGUGUAGAAUGUUGUCUUUCCUCCCUUAUUCCCUCCUUUCUCCCUUUAAGGUCACCACUGACCAACCUGCAAGGUGAAAUAAAUAUGUCAGCCCCCAUAAGUGAAGUGUGGGAUCAUCCGGUGGCGUGGUUGGCAUAUUAAUGCUUUCACUAACCAAAUAGAUCUGUGGUUACCUUAUGAGAGAAAUGAAAGCAGCUAUUUAGGAGUAUUUGAACAUAAACCAGUUUUUCUCCUUUUUUUUUUUUAAAGUUAAACUCUAAAUCGUACCUAAUCAGAUCCAUCCUUUAAAAUAACUUUGUUUUAUAAAAAAUGUAUGAAAUAUUUGACCAAAACCUUUUGUAGAAAGAGGCACGCUUCACUGUGUUCAUCGACGCUACACUAAUUAUUCCCAUCUUUCCUUUCCCUUUCUUUUUUCAUGACCGUCCAUCCCUCCCGUCACUCGGAACCCAUCCAAUGUUUCCCUUCACAAUCCUCUCUCAAGGGAAACCAAGAACAGAGGAUCUCUUAAAGCACAAACUAACUAAAAAUGCAUGUUUUUCUCAGGUUUGGAUAUAUAUGUAUAUAUAUUCUCGAUGGUAMAUAAGUAUAUGGUGAAAAUAUUUGCAGAUUACACUAAGAAUAAUACAAAAUAAUUCAUUUUGCUGCUGCUUGCAUCUGACAAACAAACAACUGAAGAAAAGAGAAAAUAUCCCAAAAACUGCCAGUGAAAGGGCAACCACCACCUUUGUAUGAGAUAUCUGCUGUUUUAGCUGUGACUGCGCAAUGUUUUUCAAUAUAGGAUAUUUUAUCGGAGAGUAGAACUAUUUAUCAUUAAUAUUAAAGCAAUAGCUCAUUAAUGAUGAGUGUGUUGAUGAAGAWCUGGAUGAGCGUAUUGUGUAAAAUGUUAGAUUCACAUUUGGUGGAAUUUUGUACUUUAUUUAUUACUACUAAUAAUGAUUUAAAAAGUUGCAUCGCUAAACCCAAACUGUUCCUUUAUUUUUUWUUUCAAUUUCAAUUUUAUUUCAAGGCUUGUAUAUUAUCCUUUUUGUAUGUGCUCUUUUUGUAAUAAAUUGGAUAAAAUGGAA